ACUCCAGAACAAACAUGUGCGCUCUAGAGGGGAACGCGGAUGAGAAGUUUUAGUAGAGUUUUGCCAAACAUUACCAACGGCGGUUAAAUAAAAAGCGACCGACCUAGAAAAAUGAGUGAAUCUCAACGCUACCCGCCCCCGGACUUCAGCUGUCCUCCACCGGACUUCAUGCAGCAGCAGCCGCAGCAGCAGCCGCAGCAGACCCGCUUCAGCAGCUUUCACUCCAGCAUGUGGAGCUGGGGACAAACGCCCUGUGAGCCCAGCUGGGGGCAAGGCGGCUACUAUCACGGCCAAGCGGAUGGACCUGCUCACUAUGGACCCAAACCACAAUUCAGAUUGAUUCCCUUUCAAAUCGUGGAUUUCUUCUCAGAUCAGCAUUUUGGCAGUGAGUGGUACCAAGCUGGACAACCCGGUGGCAGACAGAACUACAGACCUCCCUAUCAACAAGGCAAAAAGCAAAGAAACAGGAAGGAGCCGGAGUAUUCCCAUUACUGCGACACCUGUGACCGGGGCUUUAAGAACCAGCAGAAAUACGAUGAGCACGUUUUUCAGCAUGUCAAGUGUUCUGUACCUGACUGCAACUUCAUGGCUCAUGAAAAGCUGGUCGCCAUUCACUGGAAGAACAGCCAUGCACCAGGGGCCAAAAGAAUCAAGCUGGAUACUCCAGCAGAGAUUGCUAAAUGGAGAGAGGACAGACGCAAAAACUACCCGACGGUUCAGAAUAUCGAGAGGAAGAAAAGAGUCACGGAGGUGCGGGAGCAGAUCGGAGGCGUUCUUGAAACGACUCAGUUUGGGCGCAUGAGAGGGAGAGGGAGAGGCAGAGGCAGAGGCAGAGGACGUGGUUGGGGUAACAGAGGGCCCCUCCCUUUAAACAGCACUGCUGCAGAGACCCCCAAACCACUCAACCAUCUUUCCAAGGUGGGAGAUCCAUUGGGAGUGCUGGCCAGUACUGACCAAGAUUCAGAUAAAGAGGAGCCCAGUACGGCUGACCUGGUUGUGGCCCCGAAACAGAUGAGCUCAGCCCUUGGGUCAUUACUGGCAAACUACGGUUCUAUGAGUGAAAGCGACGAGGAACCAGAAGAUGUCCCCAUUCUGAGAGCCAAAGAAGUUGUCAGAGAAAACGAGACCCUCCUAAACAAAAUGACACCAACUUCCGAGGACAGUCGGUGCUCUAAACAUGUGGAAAGGCCCGGCACGACUCGGGCAGUUCCUCAACCAACCUCUGGCCCCAUCGUGUGGAAUGAGAGAAGAGGAGGAGGGAGGAGAGGAGGAAGGGGACAAAGACGCAGAGACAUGCCUCAAUCACGCCGCGCAACUUUGCUGGAAAUGUUACUGGCCCCAGACAUUCGCCACGAGAGGAAUGUUCUGCUGCAGUGUGUACGAUAUGUCGUCCGCAACCACUUUUUCGGGCUGGAAAACGGAUCUCAGGACCGAGAGGAGAUGAAUCAGGAAAACCUGACAGUUACUGCAACCAGUGAGCUUGAAGAAAGGCCUGUGUCCCAAUCAGACUCCAGUGUUCACCAUGAGAGACAUUUUGAAACUAUAAUUGUCCCGGACAGCAAAGAUAUUGAAGCUUUAGGCAGUGAAUCUGCUGAAAGAACUGAAGAAAGUUCUAGAGAGUCUGUCCAAAGUAUUGAAGAAAAGACUGCCACGGCCCACAGCGGUCAAGAUCCCACCAGCACAAAUAAUAUCACAUCUAAAUCUAAUGUCUAUGAUGAUGAAAUAUGGGAAAUGGAUGGCUGUUCCUUGAAAUAAUUUUUUUAAGACGUUAGGUUGAAGUGUAUAAUUAUUUUUCUUGUAAAGAGAAUCAUUUUGUUGCUUUUUGUUGUAGGUGGACCUAUUAAUUUUGUUGUAGAA